AUGGAGACCACUAUCGCUUCUCCCGGCAUAACUCCAAAAUUUCAUCCAACCUACGGAGUCUCUCUCUCAAAUGAGGCCAUCACCAGUAUCAUUGAAUGCCUUAUUCCCGGAUGCAACCUUUUGUCAAUUGAUCCUCUGGAACAUGGAAAGUCAUUCAACAAUCGUAUCUACUUCUUGCAAGUAGAUGUUCCUGAGAGCACGCUGGUAUAUGGUUUGAACAAGGGAACUGUCAACAACCUGGUUUUGAAAUUGAACGGACAUUUUUUUGACCAAUCGAAGAGCGAAAAUGAGGUAUCCUGCCUAUCUCUCCUUGAUGCCUUUGCGCCCGAAAUACCCUCUCCAAAGGUUAUAUCCUGGUCCGACACAACCUUUCUUGUCCACAGAGUGACGCCCGAAGGAAUUCCAACAAGAAGAGAAUUCCGACUUGAUUCCAAAGCCAACAAAAAACAACAGGGGUGGAUUAUUAUGACUCUGGUUGCUGGGAUUCCGCUGUCAACAUUAAGCUUGGAUACAGACAAGCUUAGAGCUAUUGGCGAGCAACUGGCGGACAUAGUCUUCCGCUGGAGAGAAUCGCUGCCUGCUUGGCAGUCUGCUGGAAACCUUGAAUGUGGAAUUCCUCACGCGAAGCCACAAGGUUUGAAUUUUUUAGAUGUCGCUGGUCUGCGAGUGGCGUCAUCUUCGAAAAUGCCUGGUUUCGGCAUUACAGUUGUUGAGCCUAUUAUGGACCUGCUCCAGUACUACCGAUUAAAGCUCGAGACCCGGGUUGAAAAACUCCAAGAACUUGAUAUAUUCGAAGCCAAUAGGUAUUUGAUCACUUCAAUUCGAAAGUUUAUAACGUUUGGAUUACCGCAGCUCGAAAUUUGCAAAGCGGAGAGCACUUUCUUAUUCACACAUUAUGAUCUCUCACCACGCAAUGUCUUAAUAUCUGUGAAUCCCACGAAAAUCACAGGUAUAGUUGAUUUUGAGUUUUCAGGCUUUUUUCCUGAAUUAGAUGAGUUUGUCAAUGAUUGCGUGGGAAAUGAGGGUGACUGGCCUGACGCUCUCUACGACGCAUACUUGGGUAAGCUCGAAGUCCUCGGAAUGAAAACUCCAAGGAAAGGCAUCAAAGAGCAAUUGUGGAAAGAGGCUACAAUGCUUUCUCGGUUGGAAGAAAACAUAGCGCCCUGGUGGCUUGAGAAUGUUGCACUAGGCGAUAGAGCUCAAUACUUGGAGGAGCUUCGGAAAUCGGAGGAAAAGGUUAUAGAAGCGAUUCGGUCACUUGAUCGUGAAGUAUGA